ACAGGGCGGACAAGAGUGGAGGCCAUGGCCAUAAAAUUUUGUUGCUUUUCUAAAGACCCACUAGCGGAUCCUGAUGCUUGGAGUGAAUCAAUAGACAAACUAUUGACCUGCAAAGUUGGUCAGGCAGCUUUCCAGGAGUUCCUGAGGUCGGAGUACAGUGAGGAGAACAUUCUGUUCUGGCUGGCCUGCGAGGAGUACAAGAGGAUCAAGAACACUCCAGAGAUGAUCACCUCCGCAAACAGAAUAUACACAGAGUUUGUGCAAGUGGAGGCCCCCAAACAGAUCAACAUUGACUGUACCACCAGGGCAAACAUAACCAAGAACAUUUGCCAGCCCAACCUGAACUCAUUUGAUACAGCACAAAGGCUAAUAUAUAGUCUUAUGGCUAGAGACUGUUACCCAAGGUUCUUAAAAUCUGAUGUCUACCAAAGUAUUUUGAGAACUAGAGGCUGAAUGUACGUGGAGAAUCAAAACUCAUGUAAAUAGAUUAAUGUAAACAUUAAGCAGCUCCCAAUAGUCCAGGCAACAUUUCUUAAUGCACUUUCAGUUUUUUCAAUGACUAAUCCAGACUCCAUUUAUGGUUUAUAAUUUGAUCUUAUCAUUUUAUCUAAUCUUCCAUGUGUUGUAAUCAUAAUUUAUCUGAAGAACCUACAACUUGGUACAUGUAAAGGCAACAACACCUUCAUGUGCUGUCAUAGAGCUGGGAAUGGUUGACUGUGCCAGAUCGCAUUAGAAUACCUUCAACUGUCUUUUACGGAAAGGAAAGGUUUUUCUUGAUUAAAUGGACAUGCAAGACUGAAUAGGAUUAAAGUAAUUACAGGGCUAGAUAGAACUAUAUUAUUUUCAGUUUAUUCAGGAUGUUUUGCGUGCUGUCUCAUAUGCUGUUUCACUAGGAUCUGUUUAUUUAUCUCUCUUAUGGUAUUAGUACUCAGUGAAAACAUCAGUACAAAUGCCGCUGAGUUUUUCUUUUUUUUAUCUGCU